UUCCUGCGUGUCCCCAGCUGCCACCUGGGUGUGUUUGUCACCCUAAAUGCCCCUGGAGUGUCCCUGGAGUGUCCCCAGAGUGCCCCCAAGGCGUCCCUGGAGUGUCCCCAGCGGCCAUGGAGCCCCGCGAGCUGUCCCCAGCCCUGCUGCAGCCACAGGUCACCGUGGUGGCCAUCCUGGGCGAGCUGCUGGCCACCCUGCAUGGUCUGGACAUGAUGCUGCCCGCCGUGAGGCUGUCCCUGAGGUGCCUGUCCUGGGACCUGGAGGAAUUCACCGAGGAGCUCCGGGACAGCCUGUGCUGCGUUAGUGACACCUGGAGGCGCCACACUGUCCCCUCCGAUGAUGAUGAGUCUCCCACCUCCUAUGAUAAUGACUCUGUCACCUCCCUGAGCCAGGCCCUGGCCGCCUCCAAGAGCGCCCCAUGGAUCCCCCAGAACCGUGUGACAAUGGCAGCCAGGAAGUGGCAGGGGCUGGUGGCUGUGCUUGUGAACAGAUGGGCCCAGCUGGCCAUGGCAGCCACCAAGCUCCCCAAUGCCUGGAGGGAUUUGGCUACCAAGGCGGACGACAGGGUGGCCACUGCCACUGCCCGGGCCAGGGAGCUGCAGGACAAGGCUGCCAGUGAUGGGACAGCUCAGGAAAACAUGGAGGAGCUGGGUCAGGUGCUGGGCAGGGAGGAGGGGGAUGAGGUGGUGUCUGAGGAUGAAUCUUCAUCCGAGGAUGCAUCCUCACCCUCGUUGGGGGAAGAGGUCGUGGAGGUUGCCAAAGCAUCAACAGGGGCCAUGAUAGUGAGACAGCGGGUGGAGACAGCCCUGGGGCUGCUGGAGCGCUUGGUGGCCGCGUGUGACAAAGCCACCGCCUUCCCCCGGGAGCUGCAGCGCCUGCUGAGGGACAUCGAGGUUGCCUUGAAGGGGACAACUGAGGCAUCCCCCAAAGUCCCCGAGGACUUGGUGGCCAAGGUGGCCGUGGCCGAGCAGCUGUGGGAGGCCAACACCCGCCUCGUCAAGGAUCACCUGGGGGAGACACUAAAAGACAUCUUCAGGUUCUAUUUCACUGGUGCUCCCGCCAGCCCCAGUGCGUGUGGGGUGGCCGAGAGGUGCCAAAGAGCCAUCGAGGACAUCCCAAGGCUCGUUCAACCCCCGGAGUGUCCCCAGAGUGUUCUCAAGGUGUCCCCAGUGAGCAUGGAGCCCCAAGAGCUGUCCCCGGCACCCCUGCAGACACAGGUCACUGUGGUGGCCAUCCUGGGCGAGCUGCUGGCCAGCCUGCCCGGUCGGGAUGAGAUGCUGCAGCUCAUGUCCCCAAGGUGCCUGUACUGGGACGUGCUGGACUUCACCAAGGAGCUCCGGGCCACCCUGCACCGCUCUGAUGACACCUGGAGACACCACGAUGUCACCUCCAAUGGUGAUGACACUCUUGCCUCCCUGAGCCGGGCCCUGGCCACCUACAAGAGCAUCCCAGGGACCACCCGGAACCGUGUGACAAUGGCAGCCAGCGAGUGGCAGGGGUCAGUGGCUGCGCUUGUGAACAGCUGGGCCCGGCUGGCCAGGAAAGCCACCAAGCUCCGCUACACCUGGAGGGAGGUGGCCGCCAAGGUGAACACCAAGGCAGCCACCGCCACUGCCCGGGCCAGGGAGCUGCAGGACAAGGCUGCCCAUGAUGGGACAGCUCAGAAACAGAGGGUGGAGCUGGCUCUGCCCCUGUUCUGGGUGGAGAGGCCCAAGGUGGUGACUGGGCCUGAAGCCCGGGUGAAGAGAGCUGCCAGGGUGGCUGCCAGCGAGGCCACAAGGGCCACCAUGGUGAGACAGCGGGUGGAGGCGGCCCUGGGGCUGCCAGAGCGCUUGGUGGCCACGUGUCACAAAGCCACCGCGUUCCCCCGGGAGCUGCAGCGCAGGGUUGGGGACAUCGAGGCAGCCCUGAAGGGGACAAAUGAGGCAUCUUGUGAUGUCCCUGAGGACUUGGUGGCCAAGGUGGCCGUGGCUGAGCGGCUGUGGGAGGCCAACACUCGCCUGGCCAAGGAUCACCUGGUGGGGACAGUUGACCACAUCAUCAACUCCUAUUUCACUGGUGGUCCUGACAGCCCCAGUGCCUGUGGGGUGGCUGAGCGGUGCCAAAGAGCCACCGAGGACAUCCCAAGGCUCCUUCGAACCCCGGAGUGUCCCCAGAGCAUCGCCCAGGUGUCCCCAGUGAGCAUGGAGCUCCAAGAGGUGGGACAGGGGGUGGUGGGGGGGGACAGAGACUGCACUGGGGGGACACGGGGGCUGGCAGGGGGUGCCAGUGGGGACAAGAGGCUGAUAAAGGGACAGAGGAUCAAAGGGGACCCCUUGGAGGCAUGGGGACCACUGAAGGAGGCCGCAAGUGCCUCCAAGUCCCUGACACCUCCCCUGUCCCCUCCCCAGGUGUCCCCUCCACAGCUGCAGGUACUGGUGGCCGUGGUGGCCACCCUGGGUGAGGUGGUGGCCACCAUGACUGGGCCAGACAGGGGCAAGCUCCUACACAAGUCCCCAAACUCCCUGCAUGAGGGCCUCAGGAGAUUCACCCGAAACCUCUGUGUGAUCCUGGACCACGGCAGUGUCACCUCCCUGGGCCACCGUGGUGUCCCCUCCCUGGGCCAGGCCCUGGCUGCCCACAGGGCAACCCCGGGGACCACCUGGGCCAAUGUGAGAGCUGCAGCCAGUGCCUGGCACAAGCUGGUGGCCAGGCUCGUGGACAGCUGGGACUGGCUGGCCAGGGAGGCCACCAGGCUCUGUGAGAAGGUGGUCAUGGACCAGCAGCUGAUGGUGGCCCUGGACAAGGAGGAGAUUGCCUGGGAAAUGGCCACGCACGAUGCCCAGGUGUCAGCAGCCGCCAAUGAGGCCAUGGGAGAGGCUGUGGUGGCCACCAGGAGGGGACAUUGGGCAGUGGUGGCCCUGGGGCCGUUGCAGCGCUUGGUGGCCACAUGUGACAGAGCCACCUUGUUCAACUGGAACAUGGAGUGCCGGCUCAGGGACAUCGAGGCCAUCCUGAAGGGGACAAAUGAGGUGUCCCCUGAUGUUCUCCAGGCCUUGGUGGCCAAGGUGGCUAAGUUUGAGUGGCUGUGGAGGGCCAGUGCCCGCCUGGCCAAGGAUCACCUGCAGGGGACACUUGGGGACAUCCACAACCUCCUCUUGGGUCCCUGUGGUGACCGUAGUGGCCCUGGUGGCCCUGGCAGCCAUGCAGUGGCCAAGCGGUGCCAAAGAGCCAUCGAGGACAUCCCAAGGCUGUGCAGGAAAGUUUCCCAUGGGAGCAGUGACAUCCUCGGGGACAUUGUUGCUGUCACCUGUGCCCUCCCGUACAGUAUUUGAGACAGAUUUGGGGAAUUUUCUGGUAAUUUUCAAUGAUACUGUCCCAAAUCCUGAUGGGAAUUCCUGGGGUGACAUCACUGGGGACAUUCAGGGAAACUCUGGAGACACUCAGGAACAGGGGUGAAUGAGUCUCCUCAAGAGCUUCCAGCUUUCCACUGUGCCUGCAGCAGAGCCAGGACACAAAUGAGAAUUUAAUAAUUGCCUUUUGCACAUUUGUGUUGCCUUUUGCACAUUGUUAUUGAUCACCACCAAUUUGAUACUGUGUUUGAUACUGAUAUUGAUUAUCGAUGAUUCCUUGUAGCUGCUGGUUGGUGCAAUAUAAUCUGUCAGUUCAUGUGUGCACCAUACAGCCAAUUAAUGAAUAAAUGAAUGAAUGAAUAAUUGAAUAAAUAAAUAAAUAAAUAAAUAAAUAAAUGCCCUCUGUAUGAAUCACACUGGGCUGAUCUGAACUCUGUGUCAGACACGUUACUUGACCCCUGUCACUGUCAUAUUUUCUGAAAAAAUCCACUUUGCCCAGGAUUCUUCUCCUGGGAAGCCUCAGAGAAAAAAAGAAAAUCAUUAUCUGGUUUGCUUCUCCUGUGUUUUGCUGCUUUGGAAUGUGGUUGGAGAUUGUUUAUGCAACACGUGAAUUGUUUUAACUUAAUGACCAAUCACAGCCAGCUGUGUCGGGACUCUGGAAGGAGUCAGGAGUUUUUAUUAUUCAUUCUUGUUAAGCCUUCUGUCUGUAUCCUUUCUCUAUUCUUCAGGAGAGUUUUGGUAUAGCAUUCUUUGAUAUAACAUAUUACCAUCAAAUUGUGAAUUAGCCUUCUAAGAACAUGGAGACAGUUCACAAUUCCUCCUUCUUCCUGGGGACCCAGCAAAUACCACAGACCCCACUGAGGGACCAGUGGUCAAUAAAUCCAUCCAAUGUUCCUUGAGGGGAGCACAGCCAGGGAGCUGCUUCAAGGCGCUGUCACUGAGAGAUUUCCCCUUGGAAACCCGGGGUGGGAUGGAAAUACACCCGAGCAGAUGGCAAAAUUAAACUGAUAUCAAAGCCUCGUGGAAUAGGGGUUAAAACAUGGGGUCUCUAAAGCUGUAAAUUGGUCAGAGCUUCACCAAGUGAGGCAUAAUUAUGAUGAAUCAGCCACUGAUUUUUUAAACAGGAAACAAGAGAAACUGCCAUCAAAUAUGCUGAUGUAGAUCCUGAAUCAGCUGAGGGUAAAACAUAUCUGGUUUUGUUUUGUGUGGUUCAGGCUUCAAA